AUGGACAUUGCAGGUGGCAGCUAUACCCUCUGCACUACACACUGCCUUAACAAUAGUGAGUUUAAGACAUUUACUAAACCUUCGUCUGAGGAGUGGAACACCAGUGGAGGGAAUCCAAGCCUGAAUCCAAAUAUCCUCGUGUUGGGGACGACUCUUGCACCAACAAAUGGAAGCAAUUCGUCUACAAUUCGUCCUGUGGAAUACCUGAUUCUGGGCUCCCUGAUCAUCAUCGUUGCCCUGGUUGGGCUGGGAGGAAACGCAACUGUGAUUUGGCUCCUGGGCUUUCACAUGCGCAGAAACAGCUUCACUGUCUACAUCAUCAACCUAGCUAUCGCUGACUUCCUCUUGCUCUGCUGCCUCAUCACAGAUCGCUUUCUUGCCAUCAGUAAUUACCAAUUUUCCUCUAUCUCCAGGGAGUUACUGCAAUACACUUCAAUCCUUCCAUACAUUAUGGGCCUGAGCAUCCUCAGUGCCAUUAGCACUGAGCGUUGCCUGUCUGUCCUGUGGCCCAUAUGGUACCGAUGCCAUCGCCCCAGAAAACUGUCAGUUAUCAUGUGUGCCCUGCUCUGGGCCCUGGCGCUGAUACUGAGCAUCUUGGAAGGAAGAUAUUGUAUCUCCUUUCUUAGAAAUAAUUUCAUUCAUCAGUGUAAGAAUAUUGAUUUUACCAUAACCUCCUGGCUGGUUUUUUUAUUUACAGUGCUCUUGGCAUCCAACCUCAUCCUGCUGGUCAGAGUCUUCUGUGUAUCACAACACAUACAGCUAAGCAGGCUAUAUGUGACCAUUCUGCUCACUGUGUUGGUCUUCCUCCUCUGUGGUCUGCCUUUUGGCUUUUUCUGGUUCCUCAUAACCCAGACUUUGCAUGCUUAUCAUAAAUAUUUUGGCCAUUUUUUCCUGGUUACAGCUGUCCUUUCCAGUGUUAACAGUUGUGCCAACCCCAUCAUUUACUUUUUUGUUGGCUCCUUUCGGCAGCAGAAGAGGCAGCCCCUAAAGGUCGUUCUCGAGAGGGCUCUGCAGGGCACCCCGGAGGAGGAUGAAUGA